ACGGUAUUUGAACACUCUUAAUAUGUAGAAUAUAAGGGUACACUCUAGUUUUGGUGAUCACAUGUCUGGAAAGAAAUAUUUUGACUCAAGUGAUGUUUAUGUAAUUCGGACGUUGUGUAUUUUCGGAUGUUUGUCAGUCGGUCGACGUUAUAUUCUAUACACGCUCACGGUCUGACCAUUGGAAUCUAUACAGCCUUAAUUUUUUCCGUAAAGUAAACCAUGAAACUGUUGACUGCGACCAUUUCAAGUAGUUUUAUUUCCGGAUAGCACUUGAACUCCCAUUUACUAUUUUAACCAAAAUAAAUAAAAAAAAAUAAAAAUAAAAAAAUGUAUUAAUUACUGUAUUCAGGCAAUGUGACGAGCACCUUUGCUUCCAAUAUGUUGACAUUGAUAAACAACCUCAAGUAAACUUUGCUUGUUAAGAGCUCAUUGAAAGUAAAAAGAUGGAGCCAAGCAAAAGUAUCUGGAGCAGCGACAAAGGGUUUAACCUUUUGUUCAUCAAGCGGUUCAUUCACCUGUUGCCAUGGUUGUUCCCAUCGUGGAGAUGCCGCCCCUCGCUGCUGGUUGUGUUGCUUCUCUGUCUGGGGCUUCUGGAGCAGGUUAUUAUCUACAACAUAGGGCUGGUCCCCAGCAAGUAUUACAAGGUACUAGGAGAGAAAGACCAUGCUGGGUUUUGGACACAGACUGCUACUGCAGUAGCUUUCAUAGUGGCUCAAGCUUUCGUAAAAAGCACCACAAAAUAUGUCCAAUCAGUGCUCUACAUCGUAUGGCGAGAAAAAGUGACACAAAAUCUCCACCAUACUUACUACAAGGAGGUGCUGUAUUACACCGUUAAUAUGCUCAAUAAAACUGUUGACAAUCCCGAUCAGCGUAUCACGCAGGAUGUUGAUAGACUGUGUGACCAUGCCAGCCAGAUAAUUGUGCCCCUCAUAAUCUCACCAUUCACUAUCGCUUACUACAUCUACGAGGCACAAAAGAGUUCUGGUUAUAUAGGUCCAGUGAGUGUGAUUGUGUUCUUCCUUAUCGCCACAGUGAUAAACAAGGUGCUAAUGACCCCUGUCGUACAUUACGUCUUUCUACGUGACAAGAUGGAGGGAAACUUUAGGUUCAAGCACAUGCAGAUACGUAGUAACAGUGAAUCUGCAGCUUUUUUCCGCUCAGGCAAGAUAGAAGAGCAGAGUUCUAACCGUCAUCUCCAUAAUCUCAUUACGACCCAGCGCAGUCUCAUACUCAGACACUAUGCACUCAACUUUUCCAUCAACAUGUUUGACUACCUGGGCAGCAUUGUAAGCUACAUCGCCCUAGCAUUCCCCAUAUUUCUGGGCACAUACGACAACCUGUCUGCUCCAGACCUCUCAGCGCUCAUUUCUGCUAAUGCAUUUGUAGUGAUAUAUCUGAUCAGCUGUUUCACCAAACUGAUUGAUCUUGCUGACAUGGCUACGAGAUUGGCGGGCAACACUCACAGAGUGGUGGAGUUAAGGGAGGACCUGGAAAAACUGCUGAAAUGUCAGCGAAACCGUGGGGACAGCAGGCCAGACAACAUGCAAGGCUUUGGGUGGAAGGAAAUGGCCACAAGUAAAGAAGCUGACAAUGACCUGACCACACUACAGGAAGUGCAUUUUGAACCCAGCGCUGAUACCCAGGUUAAUGUCCAGGAAACAUCCAUGAACUCUGAUAUUGCCAUAGAAACCUCUGAUGUCACAUACACUGCUCCGAAUUCAUCCAUCAAACUAUGUAUUGGUCUCAAUUUUAGUUUCAAGCAAGGAACCAAUGUCCUGGUGACAGGAGCCAGUGGCUGUGGGAAAAGUUCCCUCUUACGGGUCAUCAAUGGUAUAUGGCCAGAACUCAGAGGCAGUGUCGUUCAAAAUAUGCAGUUAAAGCCUCAUUUGCUGUUGUUCCUUCCACAAAAGCCCUACUUCACUGACGGAUCAUUGAGACAACAGAUUAUUUUUCCAUUUAGCGAGUUUGACACAUCCCACAAAUUCUGUGUUGAGGAUGAAGAAAUCCAUGAGAUUCUGUCCAUCUGUGAUCUCAGCCACAUCUGCACCCGGGUGAAAGACCUUGACACACAAGUGGAUUGGAACUGGUAUGAUGUGUUGUCACCAGGUGAGAUGGAGAGGCUUUCCUUUGCUAGGCUCUUCUACCACAAACCCAGGUUUGCAGUUCUAGAUGAAGCCACAAGCCAAGUCGGAUUUCCCAUGGAAAGAGUGUUAUAUGAGAAAUGUGCCAGCCUCAAUAUCACUUUGCUUAGUGUGGGACAUAGGGAUUCCAUCAGGAAAUUCCACGACAUUGAACUAAAUAUAGAAAUAGGGGGUUCCUGGUCAUUGAAACCUAUUAGUAGAACAGAACCAGGGGCUUGUUUUGUGCCACCUUAAUGUCAAUGUUGUUAUUCCUUUGGAAUGAUUAUUGUCGUUUAAUUUGUUUUAAGUUUUAUAUCUAUUGGUGAAAUUCAGUUUCUAUAUUUAUCCAUAUCAAAUAUUAAUAGCUUUGUUUCAAAUUACUUGUGUGUUCGUUUUUAUGCCUCCGAAGGUGGGCAUAUUAAAUUCGCACUGUCCAUCCGUCAGUCCGUCCGUGUGUCCGAUAACUCGUGUCCGGGCUGUAACUUUCCCUAUGGACAGAUUUUAAAAUAACUUGCCACAUGUGUUCCACAUACCAAGACGACGUGACGCGUGCAAGACCCGUGUCCCUACCUCUAAGGUCAAGGUCACACUUAGUGUUUAUUCACAAUGGAGUGCUGCAUAUAAGGACAUAGAGUAUAGGUUGUUGUGUCAUGGCUGUAACUUUCCCUUGUAUGGACAGAUUUUAAAAUAACUUCAAAUGUGUUCCACAUACCAAGACGACGUGUCACAUGCAAGACCGUGUCCCUACCUAUAAGGUCAAGGUCACACUUAGUGUUUAUUCACAAUGGAGUGCUGCAUAUAAGGACAUAGAGUAUAGGUUGUUGUGUCCAGGCUGUAACUUUCCCUUGUAUGGACAGAUUUUAAAAUAACUUGCCACAUGUGUUCCACAUACCAAGACGACGUGACGCGUGCAAGACCCGUGUCCCUACCUCUAAGGUCAAGGUCACACUUAGUGUUUAUUCACAAUGGAGUGCUGCAUAUAAGGACAUAGAGUAUAGGUUGUUGUGUCAUGGCUGUAACUUUCCCUUGUAUGGACAGAUUUUAAAAUAACUUGCCUCAUGUGUUCCACAUACCAAGACAACGUGACGCAUGCAAGACCCAUGUCCCUACCUCUAAGGUCAAGGUCACACUUAGUGUUUAUUCACAAUGGAGUGCUGCAUAUAAGGACAUAGAGUAUUGGUUGUCGUGUCCGGGCUGUAACUUUCCCUUGUAUGGACAGAUUUUAAAAUGACUUGCCACAUGUGUUCGACAUACCAAGACUAUGUAACGCGUACAAGACCCAUGUCUCUACCUCUAAGGUGAAAGAUACUCUUAGUGUUUAAUCACAAUGGAAUGCUGAAUAUAAGGACAUAACAGUGUAGGUUGUCAAGUAUAGUUGGUAUUUUUUAUGUUCAAAGGCAAUUUAAAAUAACUUGCUAUAUGUAUUUGACACGUAAAGGCCAGAUCAACUUUUCAUGUACUGACCUUGUUCAUAGGUCAAUGUCAUAUUCGGGGGCAUUUGUCACAUACUGUGACAGCUCUUGUUUUAUUGUGAUAUAACGCUGAUAUGUAUCGAUUGUCUGUUAGUUUCAAAUGUAGUGGAUUUUUUAUUUAGUCCUCUACACAUGUAUACACUGCCGUUUCAAUUUUGAGUUUAUAUUUUAUGUUUGGAACAGUUAGAUAUAAUUUUGAAUGAAAUAAUUUUGAAUGAAAAUUAUUUGGAGGUAUAAAAUCUUUAUUUUUGGCCACCAGCAUUUUUAGGAACUUUACAAAAGUUUGCUGACAAAAAAAUAAGGAAUGGGGAAGACAUAACUAGAUAUUGUUCAGAACUUGGCUUUUUGUUAAGCUUUUAUUCGUGGUGUGUAUAUGAAACUGUUAUAACAUAUUUGCACAAUUUUUGCCUUUAAGUCUGGUAAACAUUUACAGUCUUUGGCAAUUAGUUCAAAUGUAAGUGUUCAAUGCAUUCAAUGUAAACUGCUUUAAUGUAUUAUUGUGUUAAACUGGUGUUGUGAACAAAUACAUUUUUAGGAUUGAUUGCCUUGAAAAAAAUGAUAAAAGAUGUAUGAAAAAUUAGGGGUCAGCACAUCUUAUGUAGACCGGGCUCUUAGCAAAUCAGAAUCAUGAAAGCGCGUUUAAUUUACAAUAGAUUUAAAUUGAAGGCAUUAUAAUAUAUAAUUCAGUAUAUUAAAAAAUCCAAAAAUUAAAAGAAAGUUAUGUAUGUUGUGUUAGAAUUUAGUUAGUGUUUUAUAUUUACAAAGUUUACUUAUUGUUGACUUUUAAGUAGGAUUUUGUUUUUGCUUGAUUUCUAAUUAUAUUGCUUGUUUUUUUAUGAAAUAAUUGCACUAUUGAUUUCUGGAUUCUAUGUGUUUAUGUUUGCAGAUAUAUUAAAUAUCUGUAAAAUUUACAUCUGUCAGUGGAAUUUUACCUUUUUAUAAAAAAAUUAGAUACUCAUUUAUUGCAAUUUAAUUUGUAAUGAAAUUGUUUUUAACUUAAAUAUUGUCUAAACUAAUAGUGGAGUGUUAACAUGAUGUGUACUGUGUGUGGGUGCCAAUAAAGAUAGUAGGUACAUCCUUUUUUUCUUGCAUGCCAAACUUCCCAAUUAUGUAGUUAAUGUUAUUGUGUUGCUGUUGUUGUUGUCAUCAUUGAUGACUGCUCAAGCUGGUGCCAUACAAAUUAAUUCACUUGUUCAUUAUUAUACAUGUAGUUUUGCUGAUCUGAAAAUGAUAUAAAUGUCAAUCUUAGUUCUCAGGCAAAUGUUCAGCCAAUCUGUAUAUACUGUAUACCUCGAAAUCAGUCUACAAUUAUUAUGUUAUAUACUUUUAAGGAAAGUUUUGAUGAAAAAGUAUGGUUUUUGCAUUUCCAUUGAAACAUGCUCACAAGUUUGCACAUAAUUCUGAGGACUCUACAGGCUAUUUGUGGACCUGGUUCUCAACCAAUUAGAUUCAUAAUAUAAUGAUUAAUGAUGGAGUUGUUAACCAUAACAUAAGAAAAAAGACGCAUUGGGAAAAGUUUUGUGCGUUUUGUUAGUGUUUUUUAAUUUUAUGGUUCAUUUAUUUUGGUGUUCACUGUUAGGUACUAUUUUGUUUUUGCUUAAAUUGUAUUUAUUUUGCUAGUUUUUAUCAUAUUAUUGCUCAUCUUAUAUUAUAUAUGUGUUGGUGCAUGUUAGUUUUUAGCUCACCAGAGCACGAAGUGCUCAAGGUGAGCUUUUGUGAUCGCCCUGUGUCCUUCGUAGUGUCCGUCGUCGUCCGUCAUCAACAGUUUCACUGUUAACACUCUAGAGGUCACAAUUUGGGCACAGUCUGAAUGAAACUUGGUCAGAAUGUUACUCUCAAUAAAAUCUUGGACAAGUUCGAUAUUGGGUCAUCUGGGGUUAAAAACUAGGUCACCAGGUCAAAUUAAAGGAAAAGCUUGUUAACACUAUAGAGGUCACAUUUAUGACUGUAUCUUCAGGAAUCUUGGUCAGAAUGUUAAUAUUAAUAAUCUAUAGGUCAAGUUCGAAUCUGGGUCAUGUGCAAUCAAAACCUAGGUCACCAGGCCAAAUUGAAGGAAAAGCUUGUUAACACUCUUAGAGGUCACAUUUAUAAAUGUUCCUUCAUGAAAGUUAGUCAGAAUAUCUAUAUUAAUAAUCUCUAGGUCAAGUUUAAAUCUGGGUCAUGUGCGGUCAAAAACUAGGGUCAUUAGGUCAAAUCAUAGGAAAAGCUUGUUAGCACUCUUGAGGUCACAUUUAUGACUGAAUGUUCAUGAAACUUAGUCAGAAGGUUAAUAUUGAUUAGCUCUAGGCCAAGUUCGAAUCUGGGUCAUGUGAGGUUUAAAACUAGGUCACCAGGUCAAAUUUAAUGAAAAGCUUGAUAACACUCUAGAGGUCACAUUUAUAACUGUAUCUUCAUGAAAGUUGGUCAGAAUGUUUAUAUUAGUAAUCUCUAGUCAAGUUUGAAUCCGGGUCAUGUGUGGUCAAAAACUAGGUCAUUAGGUCAAAUCAUAGGAAAAGCUUGUUAGCACUCUAGAUGUCACAUUUAUGACUGUAUGUUCAUAAAACGUAGUCAGAAUGUUUAUGUUGAUUAGCUCUAGGGGCCAAGUACGAAUCUGGGUCAUGUGCGGUCAAAAACUAGGUCACCAGGUCAAAUAAUAGGAAAAGCAUGUUAACAUUAUAGAGGCCACAUUUAUGACCAUAAUUAUGUUCAUGGAACUUGAUCAGAAUGUUAUUCUUGAUGAUCUUUAGGUAGAGUUUGAAACUGGGUAAUCUGAGGUCAAAAACCAGGCCACUAGGUCAAAUCAGAGAAACAUUUUGUAAACACUGUAGGUAAGUUUUCAAUGUUUCGUGUAUUUUCAUGUAGAACAAGUGUUUAAUCACACUCACUGCAAAUAUAUAUUCUGAAUUAAAUGAAGCAAUUGUCAUGUUUAACCAUAACAAGAACAGAAAACAAAAAUGUACAAACAAAGACAAGUACGCAUAAUUUCUAAGGUAGCAUAUCACCAGAUGACAUUUCAAAUUCUCUAAAACUGUUAUACCCUCAACUAUAAUAUUUAACUUGAAGCAUUGAAAACUAGUCCUUAAUUUGUUUUAGAAGUCCCCUCUCAUUGCACUUUCCAUCGCCUUUAAAAACACUUAUUCCCUCCCCCUGUCACAAUUGCCCUCACCCUGAAAUACUUAUUUCACGCUUGAAUUGGAUCAGGUGAGCGAUACAGGGCCUUCAGGGCCCUCUUGUUUUAAAACAGGGUCAGACACAUAGAUAGACUUUAAGACUAUUAAUGCGUUUUAGUGAUAUCUGGAUUUUAUAUGGUUAUGUUCGGGGAUUAAAAUAUACAUAGAGGUAAAAAUAACAUCUGUUGGGGCAUUUGUAUAUUUUGUAUGAAAUUUCAUGAUACUCAUUUUUAUACCCCCGAUGGUGGGCAUAUUAAAAUCGCACCGUCCUUCCGUCCGUCCAUGUGUCCGGCUCAAUAACUCCUGUCCGGGCUGUAACUUUCCCUUGUAUGGACAGAUUUUAAAAUGACUUGCCACAUGUGUUCCACAUACCAAGACGAAGUGUCGCAUGCAAGACCCAUGUCCGUACCUCUAAGGUCAAGGUUACACUUAGUGUUUAUUCACAAUGGAGUGCUGCAUAUAAGGACAUAGAGUAUAGGUUGUCGUGUCCGGGCUGUAACUUUCCCUUGUUUGGACAGAUUUUAAAAUGACUUGCCACAUGUGUUCCACAUACCAAGACGAGGUGUCGCAUGCAAGACCUGUGUCCCUACCUUUAAGGUCAAGGUUACACUUAGUGUUUAUUCACAAUGGAGUGCUGCAUAUAAGGACAUAGAGUAUAGGUUGUCGUGUCCGGGCUGUAACUUUCCCUUGUAUGGACAGAUUUUAAAAUGACUUGCCACCUGUGUUCCACAUACCAAGACGAAGUGUCGCAUGCAAGACCCAUGUCUGUACCUCUAAGGUCAAGGUUACACUUAGUGUUUAUUCACAAUGGAGUGCUGCAUAUAAGGACAUAGAGUAUAGGUUGUCGUGUCCGGGCUGUAACUUUCCCUUGUUUGGACAGAUUUUAAAAUGACUUGCCACAUGUGUUCCACAUACCAAGACGAGGUGUCGCAUGCAAGACCUGUGUCCCUACCUCUAAGGUCAAGGUUACACUUAGUGUUUAUUCACAAUGGAGUGCUGCAUAUAAGGACAUAGAGUAUAAGUUGUCGAGAGUUUAAGUUGUUGUGUCCAGGCUUUCACUUUCCCUUGUUUGGACAGAUUUUAAAAUGACUUGCCACAUGUGUUCCACAUACCAAGCUGAAGUGUCACGUGCAAGACCCAUGUCCCUACCUCUAAGUUCAAGGUCACACUUAAUGUUUAUUCUUAAUGGAAUGCUGCAUAUAAGGACACAGAGUAUAGUUUGUAGUGUCCGGGCUGUAACUUUCUCUUGUAUGGACAGAUUUUAAAAUAACUUGCCACAUUGUCUUUGACAUACCAAGACAACGUGUCGCGUACAAUACCCAAGUCCCUACCUCUAAGGUGAAACAUACACCUAGUGUUUAAUCACAAUGGAAUGCUGAAUAUAAGGACAUAACAGUGUAGGUUGUCAAGUAUGGGUGGUAUUUUUUAUGUUCAGAGGCAAUUUGAAAUAACUUGCCAUAUGUAUUUGACACGUAAAGGCGAGAUCAACUUUUCAUGUACUGACCUUGUUCAUAGGUCAAUGUCACAUUCCGGGGCAUUCGUCACAUACUGUGACAGCUCUUGUUAUUACAAUAUAAUGUGUAUGGAAAAUGUGUUCUUCUCCAAUAUUGUAAAGAGCAAUAGCAUUUCAUAAAUAAAAUGUUCCUAAUUAUUAUACAUGAUAAGCACUUAGCAUGAGUUAUGUAUAAUUGUAACCACAGGAAUUUAAUGUAGACAAUUAGUGAAUUAAAUAAAACUUGGGAAAGUAA